AUGGCCGCGCCCUGCAGCGCAUGCUUCUUCGGCGGGGCGGCCGGCGCCGGGGACGGUGCUGGGACUGGGUUCGGGGCUGGGGCCGCCGUGGCUGAGGCGGAGGCGGAGACGGGGCAAAAUGGACGCUAUGAGCUCCAUCCUGUUGAUCAUCAUCCGUUUGAAGUUAUUGGGGACUAUACAUCUGCAACCUUCAACGACCUUGGACACCAGUUCUUUGCAGAAAGAGAAAACAAGAAGCCCAUGUUCGACCAUGGUUCAUCGGUCGGUUAUAGAGUUGGAACUCAAGUGCCUCUUCUGACUCCCAAAACUGAGGUUUCAAAUCUCAUGAACGGUGGCCUUGGAUCAUAUAAGGCAUAUGAGAUGAAUGGCAGGUUUCUGCCAAGAAAGAAGACCUCUUUGAAGAAAGUCAAUGUUGUGAAAGGGCAGUGGACUAUAGCGGAAGAUAGGAAGCUGGUAAAAUUAGUGGAACAAUUUGGAUUGAGGAAGUGGUCUUACAUAGCACAACUGCUGCCAGGAAGAGUGGGAAAGCAGUGCAGAGAAAGAUGGCACAACCAUUUGAGGCCAAACAUCAAGAAAGACAUUUGGAGUGACGAGGAAGACAUGGUUCUGAUACAAGCACACAAGGAAGUGGGCAACAAAUGGGCAGAGAUAACAAAGCGGCUACCCGGCAGGACAGAGAACUCCAUAAAGAACCAUUGGAACGCAACAAAGAGAAGACAGUUUGCACGGAGGCGGAGCCGUACUAGCUCCAAGGGGCCCAAAUCAGGCACCCUUCUGCAGAGCUACAUCAAAGGCCUUGGUAUUGUUGGCCCAAGCAACAAGAGCGCUGCUGCACCUCUUCCUGAACCUACACUGUCACCGUCCUCACCUGAAACUCUCGGAGCAAAGUCAGCAAAGACUGAUGAAAUAGCGCCGGAACACAGCUCGUCGUCCGACAUACUGGAUCCCCAAGGCAUUCUUCUUCUUCCCAACAUGCAAGAGUACAACAACUGCAGCGCGUCUCAGUCUUGCGAAGAGCUUCUUGCCCCUAUCUGUGACGGGUUUUCAGUCGAAAUGUGUGACAGUCUGUUCGACACGAACGAGGACGACUUCCAAGUGUACACCACCGUGGACGACGACGACAUCGACAUGAACUACAUCUUCAACCAUAUCGACCAUGCUGCGAUCAAGGUGGAUCCUGAGAUAAACAUGGAGAUGAUGAUGAUGUGGGAUGCCGACGCCGACGCCCUCGGGUGUACUGCUGAGCCUGCUGGACCAGCAGCUCAUGUCGAAACUGUGCAUGUGAAGGAGGAGAUGGACCUGAUCGAGAUGGUGGCAGCCACGCAGAACUGUGGCGAGGCAGAAAAUCACUAG